AAGAAAAAUGAGCAAGAGAGGGAGAGAGAGCAUGAGAUUGCAUGUAUGAGAGAGUGAACUAACUAGAGUGCACCUGUGAAAGAGAAGCAUGUGCAUUAAAGAGAGAGAGAGAGUGUGUUCGGCUGCACGCCCCCUGCCUGAGAGUAGCGGAGACACUCAGCCAGUGGAGGGGAUUAUUUUUGGGUCAGUGACAGUGUGUCAAUGGCCGCAGAUGCGUCGCAAAGGAAGGCUCUGAGAUACCAACAGACCCUGCUGUAUGGGGAGUACCACGAGCACCACGGCGGGUCAGGCAGGAGAGAGGCCACCCGCCUGCUGACAGAGAGACAGUUCAAGAAACAUGGCCACCAACAUCACCACGGUCACCAGCACCAUGGACUCCAUCAUCAUGGACACGGCCACCAUGGGCACAGUCACCAUGGUCACGGCCACCAUGCGAGGCAUCGGAGUCAGCACCACUCCAAUGCGGAGGCAGGGUCUGGUCAGGCGGGACAGCCUACAGAUCAAGAGCACAGCUCUUCUAUAAAGAAGCGGCGUUCCUACUCAAAAUGCAAAGACUGUGUGAUGCGUGUGCAAAGGUUCCUGGUGACCAAGCUUGGUGAGGAUUGGAUCUUCCUGGUCCUCCUCGGCAUCAGCAUGGCUCUAGUCAGCUGGUCCAUGGACUACGCCAGCGCUAAGAGCCUUCAAGCCUAUAAGUGGAUCCACAUGGAGCUGAGAGGUAACGUGCUGUUGCAGUACCUGGUCUGGGUCUCCUAUCCCAUGAUGCUCAUCAUGUUCGCCUCCUUCUUCUGCCACCUGGUCGCACCGCAAGCCAUCGGGUCGGGUAUUCCGGAGCUGAAGACUAUUCUGAGGGGAGUCGUGUUGAAGGAGUAUUUGACCUUCAAAGCCUUCACGGCUAAAGUCAUCGGCCUCACUGCUGGCCUUGGCAGUGGCAUGCCUGUAGGAAAGGAGGGCCCCUUUGUCCACAUAGCCAGCAUUUGCGCUGCUGUUCUCAGCAGACUCAUGUCCUUCCUCUCUGGGGUCUAUCAGAGCCCAUACUGCUACACAGACAUCUUGACAGUGGGCUGUGCCGUGGGGGUGGGAUGCUGUUUCGGGACCCCUCUGGGAGGAGUGCUCUUCAGUAUCGAGGUGACGUCCACCUACUUUGCGGUGAGGAACUACUGGCGAGGUUACUUCGCUGCCACCUUCAGUGCCUUCAUCUUUAGAGUGCUUUCCGUCUUCAACAAAGAUUCCGUCACCAUCACUGCUCUGUUCCGUACCAACUUCCGCAUGGACUUUCCCUUUGACCUCCAGGAGCUUCCUGCCUUUGCAAUCAUCGGGAUCUCCUGUGGCUUCCUGGGGGCGUUCUUUGUCUAUCUGAAUCGUCAUGUGGUGCUCUUCAUGAGGAGGCCCAACGCCAUGACUCGCUUCCUCACCAGACACCGACUGAUCUUUCCGGCUGUUGUGACCUUUGUAAUUGCCACUUUGACCUUUCCCCCUGGGUUUGGACAGUUCAUGGCCGGAGAGCUCAUGCCCAGAGAGUGCAUCAACUCUCUGUUUGACAACUUCACCUGGACCAAGAUCUGGGGCUCCCCCGCCCCCCCGGGGCUGGGCCGCUCCUCCGCCUGGCUGCACCCUGACAUCAGCCCCUUCGUCAUCCUCCUCCUCUUCUUCAUCAUGAAGUUUUGGAUGUCUGCGGUUUCCACAACGAUGCCCAUCCCCUCCGGGGCCUUCAUGCCAGUUUUCAUACUUGGCGCGGCCUUCGGCAGACUGGUAGGAGAGAUCAUGGCCGCCCUCUUCCCCCACGGGAUCCUGUUUGACGGCAUCUUGUACCGCAUCAUCCCUGGAGGGUAUGCUGUCAUUGGAGCAGCAGCGUUGACGGGGGCAGUGACCCACACGGUGUCCACUGCGGUGAUCUGCUUCGAACUGACAGGGCAGAUCUCCCACAUCCUGCCCAUGAUGGUGGCGGUGAUCCUGGCCAACAUGGUGGCCCAGGGCCUGCAGCCCUCGCUCUACGACUCCAUCAUCCAGGUCAAGAAGCUGCCCUACCUCCCCGAGCUGGGUUUCGGACACAUCAGCCAGUAUAACAUCUUUGUGGAGGACAUCAUGGUGCGAAAAGUGAAGUUCAUCUCUUCUCAGACUACCUACAGGCAGCUCAUACACCUGCUGGAGUCCACAACGCUGAAGACGAUCCCCCUGGUGGACUCCAAAGAAUCGAUGAUCCUAUUGGGCUCCAUCGACCAGUCGGAGCUGCUGGCUCUGUGUGAUUGGUGGCUGUCGGCAGAAAGGCGGAUCUUGAUGCAAGGCCAGACUCUCCAGAUGCAGAACCAGUGCGCCAGGGACAGCUGGGAGUCCUUGGCCUUCGUGGACGAGGAGGAAGAGGGCGAGGAGAGCGGAGUCAACAGUACCCCUGUGCAGGAGGAAUGUAACGGGCCCCUCCCCUCCCCUAAGCCUCCAGAGCCCUCAUCCAAUCACACAGCCCCUGACAAGGGAUCUCUCCAGUCCAUGGGGAGAACUCUCCGAAAUCUCUUCACAGCCAGAGACAGUCAGACAGAGGGACAGUCUCAGGAGCCCUCGCCCCCACCCCUCUCAGACACCAUGACUCCAGAGGAGAUUAAGGCAUGGGAAGAAGCGGAGAUGGACAAGCCAAUGGAAAUCGAUCAGAUCCGAAUAGACCCAUCCCCUUUCCAGUUGGUGGAGAGGACGUCAUUACACAAGACCCACACACUGUUCUCAUUACUGGGCCUCAGCCAUGCCUACGUCACCAGCAUCGGAAAACUGGUUGGAGUGGUGGCACUGAAAGAGCUCCAGAAGGCGAUCGAGGGCUCUACGCGUAGCGGUGUCCGACUUCGCCCCCCUCUGGCCAGCUUCCGCAACAUGGCCCGGAAGUCCUCCAAGCCCCCUCCAACCCCCUCCGCCCCCUCGUCCCCCUCGUCCCCUGUCGCCCCUGCCUCGCCCCUUCCCUGCCCUGUCCUCCCCCACUCAACGCCCCCUGUGCCUCCCCACUCCACCAAGGAGGAGGAGGAGGAGAUGGUGGUGUGGAUCGAGGGGGUGUCCAGGGAGGUGGUGGUGAACAGCAGCAGCAGCAGCAGCACCACAGGGACAGGCAGCACUAGCAGCAGCAACAGCAGUCCCUCCCUGCCCCCGUCCUCUCCUCUCGCCGUCCCCCCAUCCCCUUCCCUUUCCAUCCCUCCCUCUCCUCCUCCUCCUGCCAUCCCCGCCUCCUCUCCUCCUUCCUCGCCCUCUUCCUCUCCACCCUCCAGCUCUCCCUUCUCCACUUCGGCCAUCCCCCUCUCCUCCCUUGGGCCUGUGCUAGAGCAGCUGAGAGAGGAAGAGGAGGAAAGCGAUGAUGAAGAGGUCAUUUAGAACAGUUAGACUGUUGUGAUUAAUUACAUUUUUAUAAAUAACAUGUUUUUUUAUGGUGGAACUUCUUAUAGUGAAUUAUUUAUCCAUCCCUCCCUCUCAUCCUUUCAUUGUUCCUCCUUCUCUGUCUGCGUGCUCUUCUCCAUGCCUGUGAAUCCACGAGGACCUUCAUUAUGGGGAAGUCAAUAUUUACUUGUCAGAUGAACAUGAACAGAAUCGUUGAUUUUAAUCAGAAGCAGAACCACCAGAGCAACCAGUAGCAGUGUGACCUCAGACAGCAAAACCCCAACCUUGAGCAUGGGAGGAUGGGCCAGCGCUAUGAUUACCGUGUUGUAUUGAUGAAUGACCGUUGACAACCAGACCGACAGCACGCAAUCACGUUUAACAAUGCUGAAAGAAUUUUAACUAGAGAAUUCCCAGUAUCAGAAAUCAUUAGGAACUGCAAAUUGAGGGAUUAUUAAAUAGACACAUAAACCACAAACAAUUAAAUUAUAAAUACUUUUGUAGAAUAAGUACGUAUUUUUGUCUAUAUUUAAUAAUAACAUACUCACUUAACUUUUAUCCAAAGCACCAUACAGGACAGGGAGAUUUGAACCUGUGACAUAUCUGCAGUCAAAUGCUCCAGCUACUGAGCUAUGAUCUUGUCCCUGAUUGUAUCUUUGAGGACAUGUUAAUGCUUGGUUUAAAACCGGGGAUUGUUUCUCCAUGGUUUUAAAAGGCACCUUCAGUAUUGUGCAGCUGUGUGGUUUCAGUAUUUCAGCCCAACCCCCAGGAGAACCGAUGCUGUGAGCAGAAAAAAGGAUCUGACGUGUUUAAUCUGAGGAGUGGCUGGGCCCUUUAUUAAAUUCACCCUUUCCCCCUUCUAAAAUUGCUUCGAUUAUGAUCCUGUGACCUCUUUUGUUUCUCUCUCUCCCUCAUCUGCUCUCCCCCGUUCUUCCUUUGCUCCUUCAUGCUCUUUUCUCUCCUGCUCCUUCAGACUGAUUCCCAGGUGGUUACCUAUGGCUUUAAAACUGCAGAGGUUGGAAUACAGGAUUCUCUUUUUGUUUGUGAUUUAAUGUGACAUUCUGUAUGUGUAGCUCUUACUAUGAGACAGGAAAAUGUGUUUUUGUCAUUGGUUGUGUUUUAUUUAUUACUUCUUAGAUGCCAAUUUUGUCAGGAUGUUUAAACAGUGAACAAUGUAGUUAAUAAAAGUUGCUAA